GUGGAACACUGUCGGUAUUGCUGGAAGUGAUUUUCUUGAGCGUUGAUAAACCUCUCUACUAUUACCAUGGUGCUACAGCCAUAGGAGUGGGAAUAUGGUUUGCACCUCUCUUCAUCAUCGCCGGAGGGUUGGGAAUUUGUGCAAGUCGGAAAAAUACCAACGAGUGUCUGAUAAUUUUUAUCAUGGUCAUGAGCAUGCUGUCAAGCAUCGGUGCGGGAGUUAUGAUAAUAUUCGAGAGCAUUUUCAUAGUCUGGACGUCUCACAGCCUUCAACAUUAUUCAUGUAGGACCGAUUACGAUCAACCAGUCGAUCCGGCUUGUGUAACUUAUAUGAGAGGUAGAUUAACAAUCUGUGCCUUGCUGUUGAUCAUAGCUGUGACAGAGUUUGUCGUAGCUAUCUGGUCCUCCGUUCUUUGUUGCAAGGCUGUGUGCUGUCUUGGUGGGCGUUCUCAAACUCCGGUUAUCAUUUACUAUGCCCCGGUGCCUCAGGGUGUGCCUGGACAGCCAGCUAUUUUGCCCAACACUGCUUAUCCCCCCGGAACCAUUGUCUAUCAUAUUCCUGCCGGUCAGACAUUUCCACCUGGUACUGUUAUGCCUCAUACAGGUAUGCCAAUGCAGCCUCACACAAACCAAUAUAGCGCCCAAGCUCAGGGCCUGCAAAGCGGUCCAUCUCCUCCCCCACCAUAUGAAAUAGUCGCACAGCCCUUCACUCACACUGCUCCUAUGUGAAGGAGGCGUGUUAAAAUCGGUGUAACCUCAUUACAAAAUGAGUGCAGAAAGAUAUUAAAUUGUGUCAUUUUUUGUUUUAUAAUAGUUUAGUAAGCGUGUGUAAAUGUGUUUUUCUAGUUUAUUAUGUCACCAUCAUAAGAAUUAUAUAAGGAGUAUUUACUUAUUUCAUGUUAAGUCCUAAAAUUUCAUGUUGUCUUUAUAUGGAGGAAUUACACUCUGACUCAUGUAAAUAUUUCACCGAACUAGGUCAAAGAUAUAGCCAGGUUUGUUUCAUACAAUGCAUCCUCCAGUCUACAAGAUAGUGCCUAUAAUUGGUGUAAUACCAGUCAGAUUGAAGAAUUUUACUAUUUUGACCCCCGUAUCUUGUUAUUUAUCAACUUGUAUUGGCAAAUUAUUACGUUGAUAAAUGUUCACAUGAUAAAUAUUCACAAACAAUGUUUUCAAGAUUACACUUUCUGUGUAAUUUGGCUGUGCUCCCUGAAUAGAGCAAAUUGUCAUUAAAUCACAAAAAAUGGUCCGUAGUGAGCCAACACAUAUAUGCACCCUAUCAAGCCUCACCCACUGGCUCAUGUUGUGCUGUUUCAUUAUUGUUCAACAUUUUAAACACUACAUAGCAAAGCCUAAA